AUGACGGACCACGACGACGAGACCGAGCGACAGCGCUUGGCCAGUGCGGCGGUCGCACCGAAUCAGCCGGUCAGCAACGGAGGUUCCCGCAAACCGAGCGUGAAGCAGCCGUCCCCGCCUCAAUGCGACUCACUAGCUCUUGCCCCUAGCACAGCCACCGCGACGGUGGCGUGUACCUCGGUGGCUGAAGGGACACUGUCCCACUUUCCCCACGGCGUUGGUGUGCCGGCUCCGUGUGCACGGCCAAGCGACGCUUCUGUGGCACAGAACAGAGGCACAGCUCUCAGCUUCACGCCCGUGUCAGGUCUUAAGAAGUCGAUUCUUACUCUCGGCGAGUAUGUCAAGGGACCUGUGUGGCCGCGAAUCGCUGCGACAACGCUACCCGAGUCGCCGCAGGAGCUGUCCAGCGUUUUCAGCCCCGCGUCUCUGCGGGAGGCCGAAGUCGAGAUGACCGCACAGCGGCAGCAGGGCGGGGUCGGCAACCAUCUCCCCUCUGCGACUGCUGUUACUGCACCGAUUGGUGUGAGCGUUGGCGAGGGUGGCACGUCGCGUCUGCCGUGCGCCCAUCCGCACCCCGCCGACGUGGAUCUCCCCAUCGCGGCGGAGAUGGAGGUGGCGGCGAAGCAGCGCUACGGCGAUGAGGGGGACGGCGCUUUUCUCGCGGGCGGCUGCGCUUGGGAUGCGGAGGAGCGGGUGCGGGGCGCUUCUCUGCAUGAAGCGGAGGAGGACACGGGUGACGGUUGGGAGAGUGAGGACUGGGCUGAGGACGACCGCAAGAUUCCUCGCUCAGCGGAGCCGUGCUGCUCGCUGUGCGUGAACGUCAGCAAAGACCCCGAUAGCUGGCGUCACAGUCAACCGCGUCGCCACGCCUUCGAGCGCCCGCUGCACUCGAUGCAGGUGAUGGCGUUCGUCUUUGAGGUGGUACUGCUAGGCCUUUUCUGGUCUAGCGUCUUCAUGGGGUACGUCAUGCUUUACACCCAGGACAAGCAGAACUGCCUGGCUGAGAUGGUCAUCUUCGCCAUCCUCGUGCUUGCCGGCAUGGUGUGGCUCUACACGUCCUUAAUCAUAAUCUCUUUCAAGGACUGCACGGACCGCAGCAACUCGGGUGAAAUGUGCAUGUUCUGCCGCCGUCGCACGCAUGUGGACUCCAAGCACUGCAAGGCGUGCAACAAGUGCGUGGAGGGAUUCGACCACCACUGCAAGUGGCUGAACGUGUGCGUCGGCACGAAGAACUACCAACUCUUCUUCUCCUUCGUCUCCGCCGCCGUGUGCGUGACUCUGGUUGGCUUUCUGGGCGGCGUGACGUACCUUGCGCGGUGGUGGCAUGUUCUCGCGGAGCGCCACAGCGCCUACUUUCGCGCGGGCCCGGUUGUCAUGUGCACGUUAAUGGUCGUGGGCAUUGGCCCAAUGGCACAUCUGCUCUUGUUCCACAGCUACCUCUGCAUCGUUGGCAAGACGACGUACCAGCACAUUCUUGAAAAACGCAAGCGUACUGUGCAGUUCCCCAGCGGUGAAACGGAGGAGCGGUUUCUCAAGAAGCGACGACUGCCGUGCUGCUGUUGA